AUGAAAAGAUGUAGCACUGAGCCGGAACCGUCGAAACGCGUUAAACACUCCAAUAGAAAGAACUUGUUAACGCUUCCGCUAGAUAUUCAGAGCGUCAUUUUUUCAUUCCUAGAACGAAAGGAUAUUAUAAAUCUUUCUACACUAUCAAAGAGACAUCGACGUGAGCUCUGCUCAUUCGCCUUCAAAAGAAUCAAGUGCAAAUGGAAAGAUCUAAUCGAUGAUAAGAUUAUCUUGGCAAAGUAUAGCGAAUAUGUUUCUCAAUUAAGGAUUACAGACUAUUCAUCGUAUGGGGAAUGGCAGUUGGAUUUCAAUGAAUUUCUAAGGCUUCUUCCAAACUUGAGGCAUCUUCUUCUUAAUUCUAAUAACCUGUCAAAUUGGUUGAAAUAUAGGUCAAACAAUUUGAUAAAAGAAUUGAGUCUUUAUCUCGAAGACACUCCAAUUAGUCAGUUCAGAACGAAAACUUCUAGAAGUCCUCGGAUUUUCAGCUUAAGCCAUCUAUGGAAUUUCCUGUCACUCAAAAAAAUAUACUUGUCUAAGUACCAUUUCAAUUGGGAGAUGGAGAAUGUAUCUGAUCUAAUAAGCUUAGAAGAGUUGACGAUAGAUAACUGUACGUGGGAGUAUCCUUUUAAGUUGACUAAUUUCGAUCCUAGAGGUACAGUAAGAGUAUUGAAUAUAACCUACAAUAAGUACAAUUCGUUUUUACUUUCAGAGAGAUUUAAUCAAUUUAUGGUCGAUGAGGAUGACAUUUUCAAAAGCCUAAAACUGCUUUCAAUUAGCUUGCUCGACUACUACGUCGAGGGGAACUAUUUAUGCGAGAAACUUCUAUCAUCAAAGCUCUUUUUGAAGUUCAUGAAUAAUAAGAAAUUUCCAUAUUUAGUCAAUUUCAAACUCCAUGGUGGUACCUUGAAUUUGGAGAAUCUCAAAUUUACGUUAAUGUCAAUAGAUGAAAACAUAAACACCUUAGAGUUGCUUGAUUUGAAAAUAAUUUGCCAAAGAAACCAAAAGCUUUAUGACGAGAUUGAAAAGCUUUGUCAUUCAAAAUUUCCUAGAAUGCAUUUAAAAUUAGAUAUACCACAUAACCCAAUAAUCUAA